GAGUGGUAUCUAUCGCUCGCUCGCACCAAAAAAAAAGUUAUUAUUUUCGUGAACGCGAGACAAAAAGUUGAUUUACGCGAAAAAUCUCUUCCUAAAAUGACGAAAAAGACUUUAGAAUAGGAAAAUCCAUCGGUCCUAAGCAGUAACAGUAACGCCAAAAAAAGAAAAAUCCUGAAAGUAGUGAAAUUUUUCUAUAGUAUUAUUAUUAUUAUUGAAUUGUUGCCAAAUAAAAAAAAACGUAGAAAAAUAAUUUUAGUGAAAAAAAAAAUAAAAAUCUUCCAAGUUUCAUUUGAAUUCUAAAGAAAGACGCAGAAAAAUGGAAAACUUCCAACACUUGAUAAUAAUUAACAUUCUUAUCAUCCUCAUAAGUGCUAAUGGUAAUGUUUAUGGCCAAACGAUGGACCGAACUACAAAUUUUCCGUACGUCGAUGACUCCUUCAUCAUGGACAACUACGAGAAUUUUGAGGAAAUGGUGAAAACUCCCCUCGAUCGAGGUCCAUAUUUUGAUAUCUCGGCAUCGAAGAACGUUACAGCCUUAGUUGGUACAACGGCGUACUUGAAUUGUCGUGUCAGGAAUUUGCAAAAUAGAACCGUCAGUUGGAUACGUCACAAAGACUUGCGUUUGUUGACUUCAGGCAAAAUGACGUAUACCGCAGAUCAGCGCUUCCAAGCUGUGCAUAACCCCAUUUCGGAUGAUUGGUCACUAAAGGUUCUUUUUGCGCAAAAACUCGAUUCUGGUGUGUACGAGUGUCAAAUAUCAACAACGCCGCCAGUUGGUUACACAAUGUCAUUGGCAGUUGUAGAACCGAUUACAAAUAUUUUGGGAGGACCCGAUUUGUACAUUGAAGCAUACUCGACGAUAAAUCUCACAUGUGUCGUGCAUCAUUUGCCGGAACCGCCAAAUGCAAUAAUGUGGUCGAAGGAUGGGCAGGAAAUCAACUAUGAUAGUGCACGAGGAGGAGUUUCAGUAAUAACGGAAAAAGGUGAAACAACGACAUCCUAUUUGCUCGUUCAACGCGCGAAGCAAAGCGAUUCAGGAACUUACAAAUGUUCUCCUUCCAACGCAAUACCCGUCACUAUUCAAGUUCAUGUCCUCAAUGCAGGCGAAUAUCCAGCAGCGAUGCAAAGUGGAUACAAAACGUCUUUUAACAACAUUUCAAUAUUGUUGAUUUCAACAGCACUUCUGUGGUCUUGGAGAUAGGAAUGUUUCGUAAAUAUUUAAUUUUUUUAAAAUUAACUUCUAAUAAAUUGUUUUUGUAAUCUAUUGAUUGUACAU